AUGGAAUUGCAAGAUUCCAAAGAACAUGAUUCUUCUUCACAAACUGAUAACAUCUCCAAUACAAGUAACCAUGAUUCUACUAAACCGAAUGCAACUCUGAGAGAGAUACCAUCAAUACUGUCAACUGGAAUAUCUUCAUGGGCACAGGCUCUCAGAGGUUUACAAGGAUCUCAUCAAGGAGAUUCAAAAUCAGGAAAUGAAGGAAAGUCAACUUUGCAACAAAUCACUAGUGGAUUUGGAUCACUUCUGCCUUCAAACUUAUCUUCAAAAGAGGAAAGUGUUGAGAACAAUACAACAGUUAUGCAAUCUGGUGUUUUUGAGGUUUUGACAAAAGGUUUAGUAGACUCUUCUAGAACUGCAAUGAAAACUGUCCAAGUCAAGGCUCGCCAAAUUGCUUCACAAAACAAAAAGCGAUAUCAGGAAGGUGAAUUUGAUCUAGAUCUUACAUAUAUUACAGAGAAAAUCAUAGCUAUGGGCUUCCCUUCUGGCUACAUAAGCUCUGGAUUUCUUGGCCUUUUUGAGGGAUUCUACAGAAAUCAUAUGGAAGAAGUGAUUAAGUUCCUUGAAACACACCACAAGGGGAAGUACAAAGUUUAUAAUCUUUGCUCUGAGAGGUUGUAUGAUGCAUCCUUAUUUGAGGGGAAGGUUGCCUGUUUCCCCAUUGAUGAACAUAACUGCCCAUCAAUCCAACUAAUAGCAUCAUUUUGUGAAAGUGCCAAGUCAUGGUUAGAGCAGGAUGUGGAUAAUGUGGUUAUUGUUCACUCCAAAGCUGGUGUUGCAAGGACCGGACUGAUGAUUUCUAGCCUUCUACUGUACUUAAAAAUCUUUCCAGCUGCUGAUGAGUCCAUUGAUUACUUCAACAAAGAAAGAUGUCUGGACUCAAAGGGGCUUAUCAUCCCAAGUCAAAUUAGGUACGUCAGAUACUUCGGAUACAAUCUAACAUAUUCUAAUGGUGACAUUUCACCAGGGCGUAGGUGCAUGCUUAAGGGCUUUCGCCUUCAUAAUUGCCCAUAUUGGAUCAGGCCUUCGAUUAUUGUUAGCCAACAAAAUGGAGUUCUCUUCUCAACAAAAAAGCACCCCAAGACUAAAGACUUGAUGCCAGAGCAUUUUUGGUUCAAGUCAAAACAAAAGGGCAUCAUGAUUUUUGCUUUACCGCGAGAGCCUGGUCUUACAGAGUUAGCUGGUGAUUUCAAAAUACAUUUCCAAGACCGCCAAGGGGAUUUUUACUGUUGGUUGAACACAUCAAUGAUAGAGAACAGAGUUACAUUGAACACGACUGAGCUUGAUGAUUUUGAAAAGAGAAAAGUAGCUUCACCUGGAUUUCAAGUUGAGAUUGUGAUGGUAGACUAUGAUUCAUCCAAGUCUCAAAAUCAAGAUAACAGAAAAUCUGAUGUCAGUGUGGCCACUGAAAAAGCAAAACAAGACAGAAGCAUGAAAUCGCGCAGGAAAAAGGACAGCAAUGACGAUGUGUUCUCAGACAUCGAUACGGAAGACAGCAGAUCUCCUAAUCAAGCCAAUCCUCAGCCUUUUAGCAAUAAUGGAGAACAUGCCACUUUUGAUAGACCAACAACCAAUGUUCCAAAUGAAGGAACUGCAAGCAUAGCUAUUACCGCAGAGCAGAUUUCUUGCAAUGAUGAAAAGGUAGAAACCCGAAUUGUCGAUGGAGAGACAAAGGAAGGAACAAGUAGCCGCAAGUUGGCAGAAGCGGCCACUUCAAAUUCAACAUCUGUGAGUGAGUUCAAGGCAAUCGCAGCUGAUGCAUCUGUCUUUUCCUUUGGUGAUGACGAAGACUACGAAACUGAAUAGCCUUGGACAUGUCGAUAGGCAAUAUGCCAAAUUUAAGGAAGUUUUUUAUUUUUACUUUCUGAAUGUAUA